UAAUAAAAUGCUAAUUUAGCUCUUAAAACACUAAGUCUAACUCCUGACUAACGAUGCCUGGAUGUUUCAUUCAUAUUUGGCUGUUUCUCUUUGCUGUAUUUACGAGAGAAAUUGAAGUCAAAGAAGUGCAGACGGGCUUAUACAGUCGUGUUGAGCUGACUGGAGGGGAACUUGAUCAACAUACUGCUGAUUCUCUGCACUCAGUGGAAUGGACCAAACAAAAUGGAUCAAUAACAUGUCUAUGCUUUAAAAAAAACACCACAUUCAGUGCUGCAUACAGUCAAUGCUGUGGCACAGCUCAUUUCUAUUUAAACAAUAACAGCCUCAUUCUGGAGAACGUGACAGCAAAGGAUGAAGGAUUCUUCACUGAAACAAUAGUUAGAGGAAACGGCACUACAAAUAUGCUAAGCUUUACAUUAAUUAUUCAGUACCCUCUAAGUGUGACAGAAAUUGUGGUCUCCUGGACCUCCAGCACAUCUGUGACUCUCAAAUGUGAAGUGAGCGGCUUAUUUCUGUAUCUGAUGUGGAAGAGAGAAGGAUUCUCUAUUCUAGAGAAACACAGACACUCAUUCAGUGAGAGGAACCAAACUCUACACAUCAGCAACAUAACCAGCUCCGAUUACGGGACGUACAGCUGUUUUGCUUCAAAUGCAUACGGAGAAUCAGAAAAGCACACAUAUAUUACCGGUGAGAACUCAACUGUUAACCGAGGAAAUGGCACUGGUGGUCAAACUCAGUCUGAUCAGAUUGUGCUUUCAAGUGGACUUACACUCGCAGGAGUUUUGGGACUGUGCAUCGUGUUCUACUGCCUUUACAAAAACCAUCACAGGCAAAGAGCAGAAAAUGGCAGAACUACAGAUGAAGGGGGUGCAGACAAUGACCUUGGUAUUUAUCAGGAAGUACCUGUCACUGAAGAGGUGACUCCUUUACCGUACGUCUACACAGACUUCAUUAAGCCGAAAGAGAGCAGUCAGGCCUCCGCUGCAGCGACACACUUUGAGGACUUUGGUUACUCUGAGGUCGGACCCACAUGCAGGGAAGAAACAGCCGUUCUAUAUGAGCGUGUCUCUAAUGAACAGUCCACAGCGUGUCCUGAUGCUGGAGAGGUGUAACAACUGAUAUAAGAGACUACAAAACAUUUUGGAGUGAAAACAGCGAAUACUAAUAACACACUUUCAUGUUCCUGAAUCUGGUGCAGUGCAACAAGUGCAACAUAUAAGCAGCAGCGGGUGAAAAAAUGCG